UCCGGACUGAUGCUGCCUCACUGCUCCCACUGGCAGCUUCGCACGGGAGUUCGGGUUUAAGCCUGGAGACGGAGUGGGAAUGCGAGGAAGAGAUUUUGCAGCGCUGCGACAAGACAGCAGGAUGUAGUCAAGGUAGGAUCAAGCAAUGGGUGGAAGUUCUGGGCUUCCUAGCCUGCCUUCAGUACAGAGUUAUGCUGCACAGAAAGAAUGAAAGGACUUUGCAGCAUCUUCAGAACAUAUAAAUGUUCUGCUUCUAGUACAGAUCUACUGACUUCAGAUUGGAGCUGCUGUCUUUUGCUGCAGACCUAAUAUAAUGAGCAACUGCCUCUUUUUCCUCUUCAAUGUUCUCAGAAACAGUUCCCAAGGACUGCAAUGAAGAAGAUCCAGCUUGUAGUUUCAGAGUCAGGGGUAGUGAUCCAAGUCUGCCACUAAACCUCAUUCCGUUCUUGGACUGGGCUGAGCUUAUGAUCUGGAUUCCAAGUUCAGUGGCAGCAACAAAAAACCAUGGGAGUGAAUGCUGAUGCCUCCCGCCUGACUGAAGUGUGCUGGUAACAGAGCAGGAAUCACAGGGAUAGAUUUACUCCCUCUCUUCCAUCAGCAUUACUGACAGUGAAGCUGUCCAGGCCCUUAGCUGGGGUGGCCAGAGCAGAUGCCUGAACAUAACGCUUUCUGUGCAACUAUUCUAAUGAGACAUGUACAGAGGACCAUGCAAUGAAUUAGCAAGGAUUCCUGCUUGAACAAAAUGAUUGAAUUUUCUUGAACUUGUACAUAAUUUCAUAAGCAUCCAAAACUGACUCAUUGAUUUUUGUCGCAUAUUAUAUGUGACGUAAUGCGAGAGGAAUGUUAAAAUGGCUUCGAAAGUCUCAUGCUUGUAUAUUUUAACAGUAGUUUGCUGGGCAAGUGCUUUAUGGUACUUAAGCGCAACUCGUCCCUCAUCCUCCUUUGUUGGGCACAGUUCAUUUUCACGCAUGAUAGUUGAGAAAAAGAAUUUCAGCUUUACUAACAUUCGAACUCGGUCACUAAACCCACAUAACUUCAAUUAUCUUAUUAAUGAGCCAAACAAAUGUGAGCAAAUUAACCCUUUCUUAGUCAUUCUUGUAAGCACAACGCACAAAGAGUUUGAUGCACGGCAGGCGAUAAGGGAGACUUGGGGAGAUGAAAACAACUUCAAAGGAAUACAGUUGGUCACCUUGUUUCUGCUUGGGAAAAAUACAGACCAUGUUUUGAAUGAGAUGGUUGAGCAGGAGAGCCAAAUUUUUCAUGACAUCAUAGUGGAGGACUUUCUGGAUUCCUAUCACAACUUAACACUGAAAACUGUAAUGGGUGUGAAGUGGGUAGCCAACUUCUGUUCAAAAGCCAAGUAUGUAAUGAAGACUGACAGUGAUAUAUUUGUUAAUAUGGACAAUUUGAUCUAUAAACUCCUCAAGCCAAACACAAAGCCCCGGAGAAGGUAUUUUACUGGUUAUGUCAUCAACGGAGGGCCUAUACGGGAUGUUCGUAGCAAAUGGUACAUGUCCAGAGACUUGUACCCAGACAACAAUUACCCACCAUUCUGUUCAGGCACAGGGUAUGUAUUUUCUACAGACGUGGCCGAAGCUAUUUACAAGACAUCUCUUCAUACCAGGAUGCUGCAUCUUGAGGAUGUCUAUGUUGGGCUAUGCCUACGAAAGCUUGGUAUUCAUCCCUUUCAGAAUAGUGGUUUCAAUCACUGGAAGGUUUCGUAUAGUCUCUGUAGGUAUCGUAGAGUAAUCACUGUACACCAGAUAUCUCCUGAAGAAAUGCAGAGGAUCUGGAAUGAGAUGUCAAGCAAAAAACAUCUUCGUUGCUAAAUGUAAUAUAUCAAAGGUUUACAAGUGCUUCUAAUUACCACUCAGUUUCCAAUCAAUAAUCUGUGUCAAUUCAUCUUGAAAAAUGAUGAAAAUGUUUUUACAACAGAAAAGUAGCUAAACUGUUCAUUAUGACACUCACCGUCACAGGUAUAAAUACUGAAUAGUUUAGCCUAACAGGUAAUAACUGUUAUUACUGUCAUAAUUAGGAAAUAAAUGACAUGUUCUUUGUACUGUCUAAUUUAAGUAAAAAUAAAUUAGCUCUGCUUUAGUUCAUGUUUAAAAAAAACAUAUGGGUGUCCAGGGAUUAACAGUGCUAUUGCUAAAAGUGAUAUCUAUUUAUACAUUUAUUGCUUAUAUAGUUAUUACUUGCUUGAGGAAUGUGCAAAUGCCAAGGUUUUCAACUUAAAUUUCACUCUCAGUAAUUAAGUAUUGCAUCUAAAUUACAUCAUGAUGCAAAAACUGGAGCUCAUAGAUCCAGGGUAGUUUGGAUUUGAAAUACAAAAUUUGCAUAUAGUGACAUGCUUGGCUUUCAUACUUAAUUCAUUUUAAAUGGAUAUUACUGUCUUUUUUUUAAAAAAGGUGUCUAAUUGCCUUGAAUGUAUUAUCUAUCAUGCAACCAGUUGAAGUAUUGCUAAAACAUAGCAUAUUAUCACUUGGUGCAGUUAAAUAUAAAAUUUGCAUUUUAAUACAUUCAAUGUAAAUUUAAAUGACAUAUUUAGUUAUAGUGUGAAAAUAAGUUUUUAAACUGUGGAUUGAUCAACAGGUAAUUGGGUGAUUUUUUUUAAUGGUGGCAUUGUAUGUAUGCAUAUAUGAAAGCAUUUAACUAUGUAUGAUAUUAAAACUGUGCUGUCAGCUUAUUUGUAGAACAGACUUAAUAGCAAUCAUGUUAGUUGAGCUCUCUUAUCAAGCUGAAAGUAGUUGGUAUUGGUUUAAAAAUAAGAUUGAGCAUAUCAAUCAACAUUGAAAUACAACAUGCCAUCAAUAGGGAGAUUGAAUAUUUUGCAUUUUGUUAUUGCUAGUGUAUCCUAUAUAAUUGAAAAAGCAAAAAAAAAAUGCAGAUGCUGGAAAUCUGACAUUAAGAACUGGAAAUGCUAGAAAUGCCCAGCAGGUUCAGGCAGCAUCUGUAGAGAGAGAAAUAGAGUUAAUGUUUCAGGUGAGUGAGAUUUCAUCAGAUUGCAUUAGAUAGCAGUAUUCCUAUGUAAUGCUGUGUUAUGAAUGAAAACAGAGCACAGAUUUUAAUGUUUCAAUAGCUAUUUCAAUAAACUGUUCACAAAGUCAGUUUUCUGUAUUUACAGUAAGAUGUUAUUGAAUUGUAAAAUUUUUAUUUUUUGCAUUUGAGUGUAUAUUUUAGCCAUGUAAAUUAUAUUCAAUUACAAACAAAAACUGGAGUUGAACAAUCACAACUAAACAAAAUCUGGUUGCUGUAAAACAGUGUGGUAUCUAUGGAACACUAAACAUAUUAUUCUCAAAUGUAAAAUAGAUCUGUUCUUAGUCUUGACUGUUUCAAAGAAACAUAAUGAAAAUGUCAUCUAAAUGCUAUAUUUUGUGUUCGUUCUUUCAAAUUGAUGAUUUGGUUGCAAGUGGUGUGUUUAGUGCCUCAAAUUUAGAUUUAUCUCAAGUCAGGUUUUGUGGCAAAUUACAAGCACAGUUGGUUAAUGCAAAGUAUUCCUUUUUUGUUAAACUUUUAAAAAGACCCUUAUUUUAUAGCCCUGAAAAAAUUAGGUUUAUUAAUAAUUAAAAUUGAUGUUUUAAGCAUAUAUUGUUGGUAUUAUUAAUGUUUCCAAUCAGAAUAUUAAUCCAUUUCCUUCAGUGAGAAGGUCCACCGUCAAAAUAGUUAUUUCAUAAUUCCUUUUCUUUCCAUUGAGGAUAAGUUUAUAAAUUUCUACCAGCAAGGAUUUUUCUUGGCAAGGGAACUUAAUAUUACCUGAUAUUUAGUUAUUUACAUUAUUUGCAAAAUAUCCCCAAUCAGUCAAUUUAGCUGAUUUAUCUGUGGAUUUUUAAUUUUAAGUAAAUUGUUAGCAUUGAAUGCUCUAAUUUACCUAAUGAAAGAAAUUCUAACUUUAAGGUAAAAUCUAUUAAGAAAUGCAUUUAAUAUUAGCUAUUGACUUAAUUACUGUAAUCAAAAUGUAAUUUGCCUUGAUUAUGCAGGGUCACAACCUAGCCAAUCAUUGUUGGAAAUAAGUGAUGCAAAAUAAAAAUGUAUCAGACAAUUAAAACCUGUAUAAAUUCAUUAAUGUAUUAAAAUACAAGUUAUGUAUAGAAGAUAAAUAUCAGGCAAUAGCAGAAAAAAUGUGAAAAGUUAAUAUGUUUUAGUGAUUUUAUGAAAGUGAUAUUUUAAUCAUUGAGUAAUGUUUAAUUUAUUAGUUAUGGUACAUUUGGAUCACUUUCUAUUGCUGAUAUCUGUUAAAUAUGUGCCAAAAUGACUUCUCUGCUAACAAAUAUUAGAAAUGAAAGUUAUUCAUAAAUUCCAAAUACCUACUAUUGUAGUUAUUGAAAGUUGUCAUUAUAGUUGUAAUUUUUUAAAGAAUUUAGCUUUUUUAAAGCAUU